AUGAAGAGAGCGUCUGUCCUCAAGCCACUACCUGAGAACGUGUCGUACGUUCUAAUGGGCCUGCCUUCUUGCCUCGCAGCAGUCCCCUACUCAAGUCGUGUCUUAAUUAGCUUCGGCAGCCACAGAAAAAGGAGCCCCGUAACCUAUCACGGAACUCCGCUCGGCUCUUUAGAAAAGCGACCAAUCCGACGACGCUUCCGCGAGAGGCGCGCCUCAAGUGGUCGGCUUAGGAAGUUCAUAUCCACAAACACCUUUAUCUCCCUGUGGGGUCGAGUUCAUUUCCUUCCCUCUCCACCUAAAACCCAACCUGCCUCUCUGGCGCACCCCUUCGAGGCCGCCUUCGUUGCCCGCCUCGCGUCGCUCCUCCCCCUCCCCGAAUCGUCCGGGUCCGUCGCCCUUUCCUGGCUCGCCCGAGCCGUCCGUCUCCUCGCGGUCACCUUCUCCGAUGCCGCCGUCCUCCUCACUGGCGCCCUCUCAUCAUCCGACCGCGACGCCCUCGCCGCCUACCUCGACUCAGGCGUCGCCCUCCUCGACGCGUGCAACGCCGCCUCCGCCGAGAUCGAUCGCCUCCUACGUCGUCGCCUCCACCUCCGCUUCGCACUCCACCUCCUUGCCUCCUCCAACGGCGGCCGGAACCCCGAGAAGCUGCGGCGGGCGCGGGACUCCGUGGCCGAGUGGUGGGGGUCCCCCCGCCGCGAUAUCAAGCCCUUCACCGGCGACCUCGUCCGGCCCCUCGCCCCGGUCGUUCCCCCCCGCGGCAAGCUCUCCUACGUCCGCAGGGCGACUUACGCCGUCGAGGCCGCUUCCGGCCUGAUCGCCGGCGCCGUGGACCGCGUCCCUGCCGACUUCACGUGGGCUGACGAAUACCACAAGGUGGCCGCGGCGGUCGCGCACAAACUCCCCGGCGACGUAUCCGUCGCCGAGAUGGAGGCGGUGAAGGCUGCCGUCAGGAAGCUGGCGGAGAUCAUAGACGCGAUCGAGCCAAACGGCGAUGGGGAGAAGGCUGAGCGCCUACAGGAAACCGCCAGGGAGACGGAUAAAGCUACAAACGAGUUACGGAAGGGUUAGACGCCUUAUCGAACGCCGUCAAUGAGCUGUUUCACUCGGCGUUGGAUUUGAGGAACACGGCGUUGGGUGGCUUCCGCAUGGGUCCGCUGAUAUGCAAAUAGUUGUUCGACGAAGGGCAAAAAUGGAAAUCAACAUGA